AUGUGGCGGUGUUGUGGCCGAUUGCACGUUGCGUUGCUGCGGGAGCGGUGGGCCUUGACUGUUUCACCGACAGGCGUUGCAGUGCGGCUGCAUGGCGCACCGACCGUCCCGCCGUGCGAGUGCCACGCCCAACGCCGUUGGGACUGCGGGACGAAACAGCCGCGACUGCCCUUUGGAGCCAGCGACAUCUGCUGGCCGCAGUUGGGCGGUGCGAGUGGGAUGCUUCACCGCACGGGUGUUGUGAUGGCACCUCGCAGCGGCAUCCCCGGCGAUGGUUCAGACGCUGCAGCACGGAGAGGAGUGGAGGGAACGCGGCGACCACAGUGGACCAUGAGCAGCAGCGUAAAGGACAUCCUGCUGGAGGGAAGCACUCUCAGGACCGACAUGAAGCUGAACGAUUUCCUUCGGAGGAACUUGGGCGGCAAGGGCGUUGUGAAAAAAAAUGAGAACGUCGCUAUGGAGGUGUUUGUUCAGGAGCCGGAUGCUUACGUAAAAAAACAGCAGCAUCUUAGAAUUAUUUUUAAUUUAACAGAGUACCAAGAGCUGGAGGAAAGGAAAAUACUAUUGGAGGCUACUUAUAAACUUCAUCACGAGGGUGUGUUCUCUCUCGAGCAAUGGAGGGACUAUGAAGGAAAGGAUACGGUCACUGCUCUUGCAAGGGGAAAACUAAACGCAGCCCUCACUCAGAUACUGACAGAAAUGCUAAGAGGAACGCAAGAAAUGAAAUUUAACAUUUCCACUACGAUCGAAGAUGUACUGUUCAAAGGAAGAGUCCGCGUCAAGGAAAAGAAGCUGAACGAUUUUCUUAUGAUGGAAUUGGACGGCAGGGGCGUUGUGGCCACCAAUCGGAGUGUUUUGCUGAAGGAGUUUUUCAAGAACCCCAUUAAGUAUAUCCGUGAUAAAGGAGCGUUGAAAGAAAUACAGAUAACCGAUGCUUAUGCGAGGAUGGAGAGGGCUGUAAGGGAGGAAAUGGAUUUGGAAGAAGUUGUACGCAAGCUUUACAAAAAUGGUGUCAACAAUCUACUUGGGUGGUCAGAAGCUGCUGCGGAGGUAAAAGCAACUGUUCAUGACAUCACUAAACACUCCUUGGAUGCAGCCCUUCAGGAAGCGAGAAACCGAACGACGAUUGAAGCGUUGAAACUGGAGGGAUUGUACGAGUCUGUGUACAAUGCGAGUUGGCACCAUGUGGUGGAAAUUCCCGACGGCGAUAAGCGAAAGAAAAAGAAAAAGGGGACGGUAAUGAAGGUGAAGGAGGGGAAACCGAAACAGUCAUGGACGUACAAGAAAGCUGGCAACACUCUCGAAAAGGAUGACGGUGUGCGGAAAUCCGGUAAAGCACCUCCCAGGCUGAUGGUGCUCACCUCGGACAAGGGAUGGCCAUACACUCUGAAUGCGCCGCAUGGGACUGAUAAUGACUUCUUUAUUAACUGCGAGGUGGAUCGAGUGUGGCAGAUCGUCGAGCGCGAUCUAACCAAUUGGUUCAGCAAUUUUGAUUUGACUCUCAAUUCUUCACCUUUGCCGCGUGUGUUGAUUGGGACGCCCGGGAUCGGGAAGUCGAUGGCUGCCGGUUCGUACCUCCUCUACCAGCUGCUGCACUACGAUGUGGAGGAGCUCCAAGUUGUUGUCCACUGUUUUGGAGAAACGGCGUACGUGUUUGACAAAACCACCAAAACCGUGGCAAUAUACGAGGGUAACAUAACAUCCAAGAAUGUUUUGCGUGGUUUUUGGCAGCGUGGGAUGAAAGGGUAUAUUAUUUACGAUGUGGCAAAGAAAGGAACACCGCCCGACACAGGCUUUGCGCCCUCCACUGGAUGGGGCAUGAUUGUGGUGUCAUCGCCAAAGGUAAAAAACUAUGAUGAGUGGGAGAAGCAACUACAAGCCAGUCGAAUCAUCAUGAAUUGCCCCGACGAGAUGGAUGUGAAGGCGAUGUGUGCAUGGAUGAAGCGCGGUCUGAAACCAAAUGAGCAAGCGGGAUACUGGAAAGAGGUCAAAGAACGCAUGAAGAAAGUGGGGCCGAUUCCACGUCACAUCUUUGAUGAGGAAAUUUAUAUUGUUCGCUUGGGUGCCGUUGAUGUUGCCUUGCUAGC